UCUUAGGACACUACAAAUACAUAAUGAGAGAAAAAGCUAUUGGUUCACGUUAACCCAAAUACUUUUUAAGUUUGAGAGUUAUACUACUACUACUACUAAACUCUUGAAUUGAAAAGAAAUUCCAAGAAAGCAAAGAUGAAAGUAGAAAGGAAACAGAGUGUAGUACUAGUGCCAUUCCUACUCCAGGGGCAUUUAACACCAAUGCUGCAGCUUGGAAGUAUCCUUCGUUCACAAGGCUUUUCUGUUAUAGUUGCACAUACUCAACACAAUACUCCUAAUUAUUCCAAUCAUCCUGAAUUCAUCUUCCAUUCUAUGGAUGACGGAUUAAAGGGAAUUGACAUGUCAUUGCCGAGUGUAAAGAGUAUAUAUCGUAUGAACGAGAGCUGUAAGGCGCCCUUGAGAAAUUACCUCGUUAGGAUGAUGGAACAGGAACAGGAACAGGAACAGGAACAGGAUGUGCAAGGUGAUCAGCUCACCUGUAUUAUUUAUGACAACAACAUGUUUUUUGUCGAUGAUGUAGCCACUCAGCUGAGGAUUCCCAGCAUUGUCCUGCACACUUUCAGUGCUGCAUGUAUGAACUCUAUGGUCACCAUUUUUCAGCAACCAGAAAAAUAUUUUCCUUUUGAAGAUUCUCAGUUGUUGGAUCCGUUACCGGAGCUUCAUCCCUUGAGGUUUAAGGAUGUACCAAUUCCUGCUUUCAAUAAUACAGUUGCAGAACACAUACUAGACUUCUUUAGAGCAAUGAGUGAUAUAGGAUCAUCUGUCGCGACUAUUUGGAACACGAUGCAAGACUUGGAGAGUUCAAUGUUAUUACGCCUUCAAGAGCAUUACAAGGUGCCCUUUUUUCCAAUAGGCCCUUUACACAAAAUGGCACCUUUGGCCUCAUCGACUAGCAUACUAGAAGAAGACAAUAGCUGCAUCGAGUGGCUCGAUAGACAAGCCCCUAAUUCUGUUCUCUAUGUCAGCUUGGGUAGCCUAGUGAGGAUUGAUGACAAAGAGCUAAUUGAGACUGCUUGGGGAUUAGCUAAUAGUGAUCAACCCUUCUUGUGGGUUAUUCGACCUGGCUCUGUCUCUGGCUUUCAAUGUCCUGAGGUACUGCCUGAUGGUUUUGAGAAAAUGGUAGGAGAAAGAGGACGAAUAGUGAAAUGGGCACCACAAAAACAGGUGCUUGCACAUCCCGCGGUAGCAGGCUUUUUCACUCAUUGUGGUUGGAAUUCUACGCUUGAAAGUAUUUUGGAGGAAGUCCCUUUGAUAUGCAGGCCAUUUGUAGCAGACCAGCCGGUGACAGCUAGGUAUCUGAGCCAAAUAUACAAGGUUGGGUUCGAAUUGGAGGUUAUCGAGAGAACGGUCAUAGAGAAAACAGUAAGAAAACUCAUGUUAAGUGAAGAAGGCAAAGAUGUGAAGAAAAGAGUAGUAGACAUGAAACAAAACAUAGUUGCUGCUAUGCAGAUUGAUGGUACUUCACAUAAGAAUCUGAAUGAUUUGGUAGACUUCAUUUCUGCGUUGCCAUCAAGACCCGCUCCACCAACACCUGUUUUUGGGGCAAUCAUGAGCUCAAACCAUAUAACAAGCAAGUGUAUCAUAGAGUCUGGAAGUAAUUUUUGAGCUCAAACCAUAUAUUUGUGGCCUGUUAGCUUGGCAAGACAACAAGUCCUUAAUCACAAAACGAAGAAUAAGAUAAGAAGUGAACUUUUACUUAAUGCUGAAGCAGUUUAAUUUAGUUUGUUGAUUAAUUUUAUAAGUUGGGAACUUUGACAUAUUGUUUCCUAGUUGGUAGGACAAUAUUUUCGUGGAAAAUAAAUGAUUUGCUUACUUA